AUGACUUAAGUUGAUCUCAAAGCUAUAGAAAUGGUAUUUGCUUUACUUUUGUUAAGUUGUUUAACUUAUACAUGGUUUACUUUUAUUUCGCUUAAGUUUACAAUCAUACUUGCUCUAACAAUUUGUUCACUUAUUGUUCUGUUGAAAAUUAAAUGGAUAAGAAUUAAAAGAAAAGGAUUUUUAAACAAUAUUUCUGAUAAAUUUAGAAAGAUUUUAUUAGAAAGAUCUUUAUUUGAUAUUUUGUGUGAUAUUUGGUAUUUUGAAACAAUUAAGAGACAUUUAAGAGUAUUUUUAAGUCCAUUUCUAAUUAAAAAAUCUCCAGAAGAAAUUAUAGAAUCAUUUGAUGAUAUCAAUCCUUAAUUGAAAGAAGCUAUCCUUAGAAAAGGAACUAUAAAUUUGUUUCCUGAACCAAUUAAAAAGGAAUUAGUUGAAAAUUACAUUUAAGAAGAUGAACUACAAAUUAAUUAAGAUAAACAAUUACAUUAAUAAAUCAUUCAAUAACCAGUUAAAGUAGAACAUUGGGAUAGAUAUGUCGAUUAUGAAUAGUAUACAUAAAAAAAAAGAAAAAAUAAUUCUUAAACCUUAUUACAUGUUAUCUCAUUGUUAAUGCAUAAACCUAUUGUACAUAAGGAGAACCAUAAAAUUAAUUUAAGAAAGUAUUAUAUGAUUUUCAACAAUUUUGUAGAUUAUCAAGCAAAACAAAAUCCUUAUUAAUAGGAUCUAUCAUUUGUAUUAUGGUUCAAAUGUAUUUUUCGAAAUCAUCAAGAAGAAUUUAUCAAAAGGCAUUUACAGUCUUAUCAUCUAUGUCUCUAUUGGGAUUAGCUUCCACUGCUUUAGGAGUCAUAGCUUUAAGUAAUAAAAAAUAAAAAACAUUAUGA